AGAACCAUGGUGGAAGGGAACCUGGGGCACGUAAAGAGAUGCAGCUCUGCCUGUGGUUGGGGCUGUUGGGAGAUGCUGGAGGGCCCAGAAGAGUUGCCCAGGCUGAGUGCCAUGCAGACAGCCGAGGAGACCAAAUGCUGUCAACAGGUGCUGUGCAUGAGUGGGGGGAGAGCAAGAGCCCAGGCUGAGGUAAGGCCUCUCUUGGUGACGACAAUAGCUGCUGAGCUGGAGCCCGUGACACCUGUGGACCUUCCCCUUGAAGCCGUAGUGCAGUCUGAGGUGAAGAUGGAGGAGCAGGACCCAGCAGGCCUUCAGGCAGGAGAUGAGGGGCCAGGAAAAGUCCCUCAUGUAAUUCAAGGUGGGACCAUUGGAGUGUCCUUGAAAUGGUCAGCACCCCAGCAAGUAAAGCAGCAGCUGCAGGAGAAGCUGGUCCAACACCAGGAGAUCCAGAGGCAGGAGGUGAAGCAGACCAUGCAGCCCCCUUCUGAGGCCAGGCUGCCCUUGGCAACCCCACAGCUGGCACCAGGGGAUGACUUCCCCACCACAGAGACCUGGCGUCAAUGCUUCCGGGGCCUCCGCUACCAGAAGGCCAAGGCACCAUGGGAAGUUUGCAGCUGCCUAUGGGAGCUCUGCCAGCGCUGGCUGGAGCCCCAGCACCGCAGCAAGGAGCAGAUCCUGGAGCUGGUGGUGCUGGAGCAGUUCCUGGCCAUUCUGCCCCAGGAGAUGCAGAGCUGGGAGUGGAGAUGUGGUGUGGAGACCUGCGCCCAGGCCGUGGCCCUGGCUGAGGAGUUUCAGCUGGGGAAGGUGGAGAAUGAGAAGCUCCAGGUCACAGUGAAUGUGAAGGUCAAAGAGGUGUCCUCAGACAAGAUGCGGCCCACUGGGGCACUGCAGAAACCUGUUGAUUCCUGGCUGGAGCAGCCAAAGACCUAUCCUGUGGACGUGCCUGUGGAGGAAGCAGAAAAGAGGGAAACUCCAGGGCCUCAGGGUGAGCUGCCUCAUGUCCUUCAAGAUGAGCCCCUGCCCCACCAGGAGUCAGCUUUCCCCAACACCAAGGAGACAUGGGACUGGUCAACAGAUGAAAGCUUCUCAGGCUGGUGCCCCAGACCUGGCCCUACCCCAGCAGAAGCAGGUUCAGAGACCCAGAGUAGAGCUGAUCAGCCAACCCCUGAGGAAGGGCCUAUAAAUCUGGAGCUGCAGAGGACUUCCCCAGUGGUCCUGGGGGAGAGGGGCUCCUUGGCAUCUGAGUUGGGCCAACUGCAAAAGGAGCAGGGCAGGCCUCCAAAGCAAAGGGAGAGCAUGGAGCUCCAAGAGGUCUUUGAGGAUGUGGCAGUGUAUUUCACAUGGGAGGAGUGGGAGCUGCUGGAAGAUGAAGACAAGGUGCUUUACUGGGACCAGAUGCUGAAGAAUUACCGAGCCCUUGUUUCCCUGGGAUAUCGAGGUCCCACACCUGACUUAAUCUGCCACAUCCAGCAAAAACAAGUGGAGCUCUGGGUCUGUGAUGUUGAGAACUAUGGGGAAAUCUCAAGUUUGGAGGACCUGGUGCCAGGAGGUUCCUGGCUGCUAAAUAGAGCUGAUGAGCAGCCUCCUGAGGAACAGCCUGAAUACCUGGAGCCACCACGGACUUCCCCAAGGAAUUUGGGUGAGAUGGACUCCCUGAGACCUGAGAAGGACCAAUGGCACAAGAGUCAGGGGAGGCCCCAAAAGCAGAAGGAGAAUUUAGCAGUGGCCCAGGUACCAUCUCCAGUUGGGCAUGAGAGUGGAGAAGAUACAGAACCCAGAAAGGCCCCUGGGUGCAGGGGAGACCUGAAGAGCCAGAAAGCAAAGUUCCACUGGAGAGAGACAUUGCAUCCAAACCAAGGCAGUGGGGUGGGCCUAAGAAGGAAGCAGCAGCUCACUGCCAAGCCCAGGGGGAGGGCCCACCCCUGCCCUGAGUGCAGGAAAACCUUUAACUGCCCAUCACUCCUGGUUUUGCACAAGAUAAGGCACACUAGGAAGAAGUGCCAUGUGUGUGCCCAGUGCGGGAGGACUUACACCUGCCUCUCGACCCUGGAUGCUCACCUCAAGAUCCAUUCUGGUGCCGUCUCCCAGCGCUUCAUCAAAUGUGGGAAGAGCUUUAUGUGCAGCUUGGACCUGGUCAAACACCAGCAUGUGCACAGGAAGAAGCAUCGGUACCGUUGUAUCCUGUGUGGUAAGACCUUCACCCAUUUCUUCUCCCUGGUUCAGCACCGGCGUAUCCAUUUGGGGAAGACAGUGCACCGCUGCACCAACUGCAGAAAGAACUUUAUCUGCUGGCAAGACCUGUCCCAGCAUCAGUGUGUGCAGAGGCAGAAGCAGCCACACCAGUGCACCAAGUGUGGAAAGAGCUUCAGGCAGCCCUCCAAACUGGCCAAGCAUAGACACAUGCACACAAGGGAGAAGACACAUCAGUACUCUGCAUGCAGUAAGGGCUCCACCUCCUCCUUCACUCUGGGCCAGUACCAGCUUAUCCACAAAGGAGAGAAGCCACAACAGUGUUCUGAGUGUGGGAAGAGCUUCAGCCGCUCUUCCCACCUGGCCCGGCACAAGCGUAUCCACACAGGGGAAAAGCCACAUCAGUGCUUGGAGUGUGGGAAGAGCUUCAGCCUCUCUUCCAGCCUGACCCGGCACCAGCGCAUCCACACAGGGGAGAAGCCACAUCAGUGCUCUGUGUGUGGGAAGAGCUUCACCCAAUCCUCCCACCUGGCUGAGCACCAGCGCAUCCACACAGGGGAGAAACCACAUCAGUGCCUGAAAUGUGGGAAGAGCUUUAGCCUCUCUUCCAGCCUGGCCCGGCACCAGCACAUCCACACAGGGGAGAAGCCACAUCAUUGCUCUGUGUGUGGGAAGAGCUUCAUUCAGUCCUCCCACCUGGCCGAGCACCAGCGCAUCCACACAGGAGAGAAGCCACAUCAGUGCUCAGAAUGUGGGAAGACUUUUAGCCUGUCUUCCAGCUUGGCCCGGCACCAGCGCAUCCACAUGGGGGAAAAGCCACAUCAGUGUUUGGAGUGUGGGAAGAGCUUUACCCAAUCCUCCCACCUGGCCGAGCACCAGCGCAUCCACACAGGGGAGAAGCCGCAUCAGUGCUUGGGGUGUGGGAAGAGCUUUGGCCACUCCUCCCACUUGGCAGAGCACCAGCGCAUCCAUACAGGGGAGAAGCCACAUCGGUGCCCAGAGUGUGGGAAGAGCUUCACCCAAUCCUCUACGCUGGCUCGGCACCAGCGCAUCCACACAGGAGAAAAGCCACAUCAGUGCUUGGAGUGUGGGAAGAGCUUUACCCAGUCCUCCUCCCUGGUACGACACCAGCGCAUCCACACAGGGGAGAAGCCACAUCAGUGCUCUGUGUGCGGGAAAAACUUUACCCUCUCCUCCACUCUGGCUCGGCAUCAACUCAUCCACACAGGAGAGAAGCCACAUCAGUGCUCUGAGUGUGGAAAGAGCUUCACCCAGUCUUCCCACCUGGCCCAGCACCAACGUAUCCACACCCGGGAACAUCCAUAGUUCUGCCAGCAAUGCAGGAAGGGCUUGUGGAUCUCUACCUGCUCAGCACCUACUGGUGGCUGCAUUCAGACAAGCAGACUCAUGCUGCUGGACUGCAGAAAGAGUUCAUGCACCCUUCUGUCCUUGUAGGGCUCUGCAGAACCCAAAGGACUCAGAGACUAGCCCCCAAGGUUUGUUUGGGGUGGAGAGGCUAAGUGAAAACACCUGGGACAGAGACCAGCCCAGAUGCUGGGGGAACCUAUGAGAAGACAAUCUUGGUAUCAGCCUUGGCAUCUUUGCAUUCCCCAUCAUUCCCUACAAGCAGCUGGUGCUCCUAAGGGGACAAGAAGUGCCUUCACAAUAGGUGCCCUCCGCAAGAUACUUGGAUAGUCCCAACACAGGGACUGUCCUUGACUGCCUCCCAGCUUUAUCUUUCCGCCUGGACCCAAGUUCUGGUAUGUGAGGUUCUUGAGUUGCAGGAAGGAGUACAUUUAUGGCAAGAGAAGUAUUCCCUGCCCUCCACCCUGAGUUCACCUUCCUCACCACCACAUAAUCCCUCUCUCAGGUCUGCCCAUGUCCAUUGGGUGUCUGCAAGAAGCUAAUAUUGCCAUCCCUUGAACCAGUUUUCAGCCUAUCUCCAGAACUCUGCACCACUGGGUGCCUGCUGCUUCCCCUACCCUCCUUCCCUUCAUUGAAUUUUCCAUAAUGCAUUCUCUGCUAAGAAAGUCCCAGACCUGAACAUAAUAACCCUGUGGUUGGUCUCUUUGCCCCUUCCAGAACUGUGAAAUGGGAACAGACCAGGGACCAGAACCCUUACCCACACAGAUAUCUCCAAUUUCCCAGCCCCUUCCCGUUUCAGAGGAUUCACUGCAAUCAUAGAUUUCAUAGACAUUAGGGCUGGAAGGGACUUCAGGAGAUUAUCAAGUUCAGCCCCCUGCCUCAAGGACAGGAAGUUAGAUAGAGUCAAAGGAUCCCAGCAAGAUAAAUGUCCAACCGCUUCUUAAAGGAGUCUAGAGUAGGUGUUUGCAUCACCUCUGGAGGAAGCCUAUUCCCGGCCUUGGGAGUUUGGACAGGUUUUCCUUAUGUCCAGCCUAAAACAGUCUUGGAGGAGUUUGUGAUCAUUCAUCCUUGUCAUCCUUUAGGGCGCUCUGGUGAACAGACAUUCCCCCAGAUCCUGAUGCACAUCCCUUAUGUACUUACAGGCAGCCACCAGCUCACCCCUGAGCCUGCAUUUUUCCAGGCUGAAGAGUCCCAUGUCUCUCAGCCUCUAUAAGGCUUAUUCUCCUGCCCUCUGAUCGUGCACGUGGCUCUCCUCUGAACUCUCUCAAGCUUCUCCACAUCCUUCCUGAAUUGUGGAGCCCAGAAUUGGAUGCAAUACUCUAGUUGUGGCCUCACCAAGGCUGAGUACAGCGGGAGGAUGACAUCCUGAGAUUUACUUGAGAAGCAUCUAUGUAAGCCAGAGUUUGGUUUGCUUUACAGUUGCAAUAUGGCGUUGGUGGCUCAUGUUCAUCUUGUGGUCAACCAUGACACCCAAGUCUGUUUCGGCUUUGGUGCUAGCGAGUGUAGCACUGCUGAGCCUAUAAGCGUGCUGCGGGGUUUUUUUUCCCCAAGGUGGAGUACCUUACAUUUAUUGGUGUUGAAUAUCAUCAGGUUUGUAUCUGUCCACUUUUUCAGCCUAUCCAAGUCAGCCUGGAUCACCUUCCUAUCCUCAGGUGUGGAUGCUCUACCCCAAAGUUUGGUGUCAUUGGCAAACUUGGCCAGUCCACUUCUGACACCAGAUUCCACAUUGUUGAUAAACAUGUUGAAGAGAACAGGCCCACGGACAGAGCCUUGGGGGACACCACUGGUCAUGGAACGUCAUGAUGAUUCACUUCCAUCGUCCACCACUCCGAGUCCGGCCUCAGAGCCAAUUCUCCAGCCAUCAGCCUGUGAUGCAGCCAAGGUCACAGUUGGCAAUUUUUCCAAGAAGAGAUCCUGGGGCACCAGAUCAAAAGCUUUUUUUAAAGUCCAGAUAUAUGAUGUCAAUCUCUUCCCCCUUGUCCAAGUGAUAUGUCACCUGGUUGUAGAAAGAAAUGAGAUUGGUCAGGCAAGACCUACCCGCAACAAACCCGUGCUGGCUGUCCGUCAGGAUGUUGCCAUCUGCCAGCUUGUCAAGAAUGGACUCUUUGAUUUUUUUUUUUUUCUCUCUAGAAUCUUACCAGGGAUUGCGGUCCAGUUGAUUGACCUGGAGUUCCCUGGGUCUGCUUUCCUCCCUUUCUUGAAGAUGGGCACCACAUUGGCCUUCUUCCUAUUGUCAGGUACUUCACCUGAGUACCAGGAGUUUUUUAAAAUCUUUGCCAGUGCUUGGGCUAUGACGCCUUCCAGCUCCUUAAGUACUCAGGGAUGCAGUCUUUCAGGGCCCACUGACUGAAUCCAGGGGUUGUUACUCACCCUCGGGUGCAGGACCUGGUGGUCACACUUGAAACGUUACACCCAUAUCCUUCUGUGCAGCAAGAAUGCUGCCCUUUUGAAGGAACCUCUGGCCAGGGGGCAGUAGAGUUCCUUUUCUGGGUGAAAUGGGGUAGCCAGGGUGAAGAGCUGCAGCCUGUGGCAGGUCCUGCCUCUCCUGUGGAAGGGUGGGGAAAGUACGAGGAUGUCCUCUGAGUGAAAUAAGCUAUUUGGCUCCAUGAUUGUCCUAUAGGUGCUACUCCAAGAGGUUAAUAACCCAUCAUUGAGAGUACUCUUUCAUUAGUCUUCUCCGUAAGUGUCCUCUUUGCUGAUCCCCCGCUGUGUAGAAAGGUGUCCCCACUUUUCCUAUAUUACAGUGUUUAAGAAAAUAACCUUGUGACUUUUGAAUGAGCCUCAGUUUUUUUGGCAGGAGGAGCUGGUUUGUCUUGUUGGGGGUGGUCACAAAAAGGAGGGAAGCAAUAUGACUUUGUUCAACAUAUUUUGAUGGUUCCCAAUACUUGUUGAAUUUCCAAGGGGCUGUGCAAUUUGGGAAGCAAUUCAUGUAUAUGAUGGAUUAGAUGUUAAUCUCUCCCACAGCAGCUCCAACAAGUGACUGGGAACAUGGGAAAGUCCAGUUGGGACCCUGCUGAUAAGAUCAGUUCUCCAUUUUCACCCACGACCACAGCCAUGUUAGGCUCCAUGACAACCCAUGUUACACUCCUCAUGACAAUAUAUUGAAUUACGCCAUUUUCACCAGGAAGGAUUAAGCCAGUAGAUCUUCCCUUUUGAUGUCUCUCCCCCUGGUUCAGAUUCCAGAGACCCAGAGGACUGCUGAGCAAAGUGAAGUUGGAGGUGGUGAUUUAGAGCCCAGAUGCGAUGCACUUUCCACAUCUGGCAGUCUGCAUCAGGUUUAUUGCUAUCUUUGCUCAAGUGAUGAGCCCUCUCACCAUCCUGCUACAUAAAAACCUCUAGUUUUACUGGUCUGUGGAUCCCAGUGAGUCUCUGAAGAUCUGAAAUGGGACUUCACCUCUGCCCCUCCACUAGCUCAUCCAGACCCCCACCUUCUCAUUUGUGAGAGAAAUGGAUGUAUCCAGCACUGCAGAAGGUGUGGUGCUCUCCCAAUGGCAAGGCCUAGACCAAAUUCUGCAUCCCUGCAUCUUCUUUUUCUGUAAACUCACCCCAGCAGAACAAAGGCUUGAGACUCUGACCUGUGAACUCAUGGGCAUCAGCAUGGCUUUUGGGAAGUGGUAGCACUGCUUUGAAGAGGAGUGGCACAAAGUACAUGUUCGUACAGAUCACAAAAACUUAGGAUAUUUGUGUGCAGCCAAGGCUUUCAACCAGAGGCAGCUUUGCUGGAUUCUUUUCUUGUCCCAAUUUGACUUUCAAAUAAUGUACCAGCUGGAACCUAGAAAUGGGAAAAUGGAUGCUGUUUCCCAGACAGUAGAAUAUGAUUACCUGGCAUAAGGACCGUUGGGACCUAGCCCCAUUUGGAAGCCACAUGACAGCCUCAGCACCACCUUGCCAAUGGAUCUGCUGUCUGUGCCAUUACUUGGGAGUAAGCCCCUCCUGAAGAGAAGGCCAUCUUCAUUUGACAACUGCCAUGGAUCCAGGAUGGGGUAAUCUUCACUUCGGGCAAUAUUUUCAUGCCCUAGGUCCAGCCAUACUUAUAAUAAUAUAAUAUAAUAUAAUAUAAUAUAAUAUAAUAUAACUCUGUUAGCUGGCCAUGCUGGAAUGGAGACAUUGUAUGAACUACUCAUCUGCUACUUCAGUGGCCACACCUGGGGAAGACCAUACAAGUGUUUGUCUACACUUGCAAGAUUUGUAUCCUUAACCCCCCCACGCCCCCUAAAUCCCUGUUGUCUUCUCCAGCCCCUUCCCACUCCCUCUUGGCCAUGAUCUACUAUUUUCAUGGACUUUAUUGUGGAGCUUCCUGAAUUGAAUGGGUGCUUUACAAUUUAGUGGUAAAGCCAUCACCAACUAAGAUGGUGCAUUUCAUCUCAUAUGUAGGUCUGCCUACAGCUGAAGGCACUGCCCAAUUGUGUUUGGGCCACAGAGGUUGCAUCCACAGCCUUCCAAACAGCAUAACUUUAAACCGUGGGUCCAAGCUUGUCUCCUGGUUUUGGCACAAGGUCCUGCAACUGUUGAGUUUGGGAUGUAGCUGUCAUUAGUACAUCACCCACAGAUGAAUGGCCAAACCAAGAGAACCAACCAUGUGUAGGACUCACUGGAACAUUGUUACAAAAGCAUUAUCUAGAGUACACCUGACCAGAAACCUGACCAAUGCAUGAACUUUUUACAUAAGCAAAAUUUGUAAUAUGGGCCAGAUGAGCACUCCUGUUAGGAGAUGGGAGGGAGAGAUGGCUGUACAAGGCAGAGAAUAGCCCAGUACCUUCAUGACAAGGCUGGAAUAGGAGCAUUCAGAUCAAGAUGUGGCACAUGCCCUUAAUACAGGACAGCUCAAGUUAUAGAUGGGAUGUAAUACAUAUUUUUUAUCACUGUGUAAAAGGAGAAUUAGAAUGCAUGGGAACUUUGUAUGGUGUUAUGCAGACAUCUUGUUACAAGCAUACAUGGGUUAACAUCUUAUUGGUCAGAUCAAAAGUGUGUUAGGGCCAUACCGUAUAGACAAUAAACCAGGCCAAGUUCUUGCCGCUAAACCAAACCUAAGGUCAUUCAUAAAGGCAAGACUGGUAUUGAAUUCUU